GGUGGGGGCGUGAGGCGGUUACCCGCGAGGUCGUGCGCCCGCUCCCCUCUCGAAUAAAGCCCGACCGUCCGAUCCCCGCCCGACGCUCCCCGUCGCGCCACGCGCACCGCUACACCCCCUGUCCACACCCCAUAGAAGUUACAGAAAGGGCCGCGCCUCUUGCGGGGCACUACUCGCACGCGCUGCGUCUGCCGUCUUCUCUCCUCUCGAUCGGCUGAUCAGGCAGGGCAAUGGCGCGAGCACCCGGCGGCGCCGCCCGUCGGGGGGGCGGCAGGCGGGACGGCGGCGGCGAGGCGGUGCGGAAGGGGCCGUGGAUGGCGGAGGAGGACGCGGUGCUGCUGGAGCACGUCCGCACGCACGGCCCGCGCGACUGGAGCUCCAUUCGAUCCAAAGGCGCCCUGCAGCGCACCGGCAAGUCCUGCCGCCUCCGCUGGGUCAACAAGCUCCGGCCCAACCUCAAGACUGGCUGCAAGUUCUCCGCCGACGAGGAGCGGGUGGUGAUCGAGCUGCAGGCGCAGUUCGGCAACAAGUGGGCGAGGAUCGCCACCUACCUGCCGGGCAGGACGGACAACGACGUCAAGAACUUCUGGAGCACCCGCCAGAAGCGGCUCGCCAGGCUGCUGCGCGCGCCUCUCCGCGCCCGGCCCAGCAAGACCAGGAGCAGCAACACCAAAGCGCCCGCAUCCUCUCUCGAGUCCGCCAUGGGUUCUUGCCAUGAUCAUGUUCCGUCCGUGGGCAACUCCUCCGGCGGCCAAAGCUUCCCGGCUGCACCGCCCAUGGAGCACCAGGACACCGCGCGAAUCUCGCAUGAUCAGAUGUGCUCUGGAUUCCUCAGUUUCGAGCCAUUGCCGCUGCAGGCAGCAGCACCGUCCACCACCGAAGGAGAAGCGAGCUCGUCGAACGCAGCUUAUUACCAGUUAGCCCCAGAAUCGUCGUUUUAUCAUCAUCCCUACCAUCUGCUAGAAUUCCCGGGCUUGCCGGAGAGAUGCGGCGUCGAUCCCGGCUUCGUCGGAGCGAGCGCCAUGGAUGAUCUCGCGUACCACGACCUGCUUCCGCCUCUGCAUCCUGCGCCGAUGAUGAUGCCGUUCUUCGGUAUGGAGUAUUCGCGUGAUGGCAUCAAGGUCGAGACUCGGGACAACUUCUUCGACGACCUGCCCCCGGACGUGUUCGACUCUUUUGAUCAGGUGCCGCCGCCGUUCUCGCCGUCGGCGACCAACUCUGAACUCUAAGUAAUGUUGGAUGGGCUCUAAUUGGACUACCUGUUCUGGCACAGCUGACUGGUAGUGUUACCUACUGAUGAGUGUUGUAGUGUAGCCUAGGUUCCAACCGACUUGCGUUCUUCCAAUGCAUCGAGUUGGAACUUGUUUUCGAAGUGUUGCCAAGUAGAUGCAGUUAGUAUGGUGUGUAAGUGUUUCUGAAAUUUAGUACACUAUAUGCUAUGUGAAUAUAUUUAUUUGGUAUAAAUGAACACUC